CAUUACAAUAACAUUUCUCAAAGUCAACUCUCUCUCUCUGUCUCUCCUUUUAUCUCUUCUUCAUCCUUUUCUGUCCCUUUACUUUCCUAUCUUCCUCAACGCCAUAGCCAAAUCAUCUUACAUGAUCAAGCUACUCUUAUAGUUUUUCGUCUUUGUAAACGUUUUUUUCAAUAUGGGAAAUGGGGUUGGAAAACUGAAUAUCUGUUUCGCCGGAGACGCCGGAGAAAUCUCCCGGCGACGACACGACAUAGCUAUAUAUCUGUCGGACCCUCUUGAUGAAGGGUUGGGACACUCUUUCUGCUACAUCAGACCAGACCCAUAUCAACUCUCCUCCUCGAAAGUUCACUACGAUGAGUCCUUCACAACCACCAACACCUCCACCACCACCACGACAACAUUUAGCACCAUCUCCGGAGCUUCCAUAUCUGCCAACACCUCCACGGCGCUCUCCACGUCCCUCGUCGAUCUCUGUCCCUACGAUUCUCUAGACAAGGCUGCAUCUUUUGAGAGCUCUGAUUUGUUUUGUUCGAUUCCUCUUCAACCGAUUCCGCGGAAUUCAAUUCCAUCGGUUAGUUCCGGCCCAAUUCCUGGAAACUCCGGCGUGUUAUUCGGUUCAGGACCGGUGGAAAGAGGAUUCUUAUCAGGACCUAUGGAGCGGAAUUUCAUAUCAGGUCCGUUAGAGAACCAGUAUGAUCAAUUACAGAGGUACAAACCCAAAUCCAAGAAAUGGGCUUUGAUCAAAACUCUUAAAAGAGUUAUAUCAAAAUCGAUUGUCGUGCCGAUUCGAGGGUCUAAAGAUUCGAAUUGGGCUAACAGGUCCAACGAAAAUGGAACAGUAAGUGGUGGUAAUGGUAAUAAUUUCAGCAGUCAAUUGAGUUCAGCUGAUGGUGAUGACGACGAUGGUGAUGAAUCUUUUAGGAGUCAGAAUGUUCAAUGGGCACAAGGGAAAGCUGGUGAGGAUCGAGUCCAUAUAGUGAUUUCUGAGGAAAAUGGAUGGGUCUUUGUAGGAAUUUAUGAUGGGUUUAAUGGUCCUGAUGCUACUGAUUAUUUGCUUAAUAAUCUCUAUUCCAAUGUUUAUACGGAACUAAAAGGUGUACUAUGGAAUGACAAGUUUGAAUCUCCGGCCAAUUCUGUUGGUAAUGCGUCUGAUUCAUCGAAAAAUUCAGAUUUUGGUAAUGGAUCUUUUGUCCAACAUGAAGAAUUUGAUCAAGAAAACAUUUUGUGUGAAUCUGGGGAUUUGGAGUGUAAUUCGAAGAGGAAGAGGGGUAACAAUUCAAAUAAGAGAACUCCAGGGGAAGCAAAGAAAUUGGAGGAGAGUCAGAGAAGCUCAAAGUGUCGUCAAUGGGAGAGUGAAAGAGUAGAGCUUGAUGGGCAAAUGAAAGAAAAAUUGGAAAAAACUAGUUCUGAUGGAGUGACAGGUGUUAAGCACUCUGAUGUUCUGAAAGCGCUUUCAGAGGGUUUGAGGAAGACAGAGGAGGCGUAUUUGGAGAUCGCAGAUAUGAUGGUAAUGGAAAAUCCUGAGUUGUCUCUGAUGGGUUCUUGUAUUUUGGCCAUGUUGAUGAAGGGUGAAGAUGUGUACUUGAUGAAUGUAGGCGAUAGUCGAGCUGUUUUAGCAAGGAAGGCUGAACCUGAUCUUCGGAUUAGGAAGGCAGGAAAGGACUUGGAACGGAUCAACGAGGAAUCUUUGGAUGGUAUUGAAGCAUUUGAUGGUCUUGGAUUUGAAAAUUUCCUAGAACUAACUUCUUGUCAGCUCACCAUGGAUCAUAGUACAUCUGUGGCAGAGGAAGUUAGAAGAAUUAAGAGGGAGCAUCCAGAUGAUGCUUCUGCAGUGUCGAAUAAUCGUGUGAAAGGUUCAUUGAAGGUCACUCGGGCUUUUGGGGCUGGCUUUCUCAAACAGCCUAAAUGGAACAAUGCACUUCUAAAGAUGUUCAGGAUCGAUUACGUUGGAAGUUCCCCCUACAUCAACUGUUUACCAUCAGUUUAUCACCACAGGCUAAGCCCCAGAGACAGAUUUCUGAUUCUGUCUUCCGAUGGACUCUACCAAUACUUCACCAAUGAAGAAGCUGUCUCCGAGGUUGAGAUGUUCAUGUCUACAUUUCCUGAGGGAGAUCCUGCUCAACAUCUUGUUGAAGAAGUUUUGUUUCGAGCUGCUAAGAAAGCUGGUAUGGACUUCCAUGAAUUGCUUGAUAUCCCACAAGGAGACCGAAGAAAAUACCAUGAUGAUGUAUCGAUUAUCAUUAUUUCAUUUGAAGGAAGAAUAUGGCGAUCAUCUGUGUAAAUACAAGACAUUACGGAAUAGAAAAUACAUAGACAUUUACUGGAAACUCUAGCAAUUGUGGCCUUUGGUUUUGUUCUUUUAUCCCUAUCUUUCACCAUUUUGUUUAUAGUAUACAGCUGAGCUAUGAAGAGGUGCUAGGCAGAGUGUUCAUAAAUUAGCUUGAGGUUGAGAUGACUGUAAAAUUCUGAACAAAAAGUCCUCCUCUCCCUCCUUGGUAUGUGACAUGAAAUUGUACUGUUGUAGCAAAUGCUAACCCCUUGAGGUUUUGCAUUUUCCAGAGAGUCAUGUCCAUCAUACGAUGAACAGCUUAUCGAUCAAGGAUCAAUCAAUUGGUUAAUUCGUUCAUUUUUUU